AUGUUGCGCUUUAUUGCUAAGUUGCUUAUUUUUGUGGUGAUUUGUAUUUUUUCUAUUCAGUACUGGUUAGAAAGGAAAUCAUAUUUGUUCGAUGAAGAAGCUGUAGCCUCGAUAGCGCGGAAACAUGUUGGCACUACUGAUGUGAAAGCUUCAUUCAAGAAAAUAAUACAAACCUUUCGACAGCGCUACCCAGGUCACAUCUUACCUCCUGAACACAUCGAGUGGGUGUUCAUCAAUGCUGGGGGCUGGAUGGGUUCCUUCUGUCUGCUACAUGCCUCUCUGACAGAAUAUGUCCUGUUGUUUGGUACUGCUGUUCCCACUUCAGGACAUUCAGGGCGCUACUGGGCAAAUAUUUCGGACACAAUAGUGACGGGCUCAUUCAUGCAGUGGAAGGAAGGAGAGUUGAGUAAUGUUGUCUACAAACCAGGUGAUACAGUGUUGCAUGUGUGGGGGGAUGUGGCAGCGGUCUCCUGGGCUGAGGGUACAUGGAUGGUGGAGUAUGGGCGUGGGUUCAUCCCUUCUACGCUUGGAUUUGGACUAUCAGACACGAUAUUCAGUACCCAGGACUUCCUUACCAUGUACUAUGUGCUGAGGGUGUAUAUUAGAGCUCUGCUACAAGAGACAGGCUUUCUCUGGGUUGAUUUUAAAAAUGUAAUUAAGAAUGCAUUGUGACGAAAACGGAAUAGUGUUGGAUUCUGACCCCUAGCAAGAAAUCAGAAGGGACACAGGGCAUUGGUAAUUUCCUCAAAAAAGGGGGCAGGGUGGCAAUUUUUCACUGCAUAUCUGUUUGUAUUGUUUCUGAAUGAAAAAGGGACAAUGAGACAUUUUAGGGGUGCAGUAGCUUUCUAAAAAAUCAACUUAUCAGGGAUAUGUUUUUUAAAGCUUUUUUAGGGUCACAGUGAUGCUGAGGAGCAUAUGUGAGGGUACAUGUCUGUGACAUGGUAGAAUGUCUCAGGUUGUGACAAAUCAUUUACUUAGUUUUCAUGUACAUUCAUACGGUCAAUAUAACAUAAUCACAUCAUUGACACAUUUAAUGGCCAGUUGUGAAAAAUAAAGUUGGACAGGAUAGCUAUAAACUUGCUAAUGCUUGAUUGCAGGGGCUUUUUUUCAUGUAGACUUACAUGAAGUUUCUUGGCCAUCACUUACCUUACACAAAUAGGGCACGCAUAUGUGAAGUUUCUUGGCCAUCACUUAUCUUACACAAAUAGGGCACGCAUAUGUGAAGUUUCUUGGCCAUCACUUAUCUUACACAAA